AUGAAAGUGGCAGUGGAGAUAUUGACAGGAAGCCUCUUCCAUGUUGAUGUAAAGGACGACGACAAUGCCGCCACAGUUGCUGAUCUCAAACAAGCAAUCGCAAGCCAACAGAAGCUACCCUUUGAUCGCUUGAUCCUGCUGCAGGGAGAUGGAGAGGAGGAAGAAGCUCCUCUAGAUGAUGACUCGCCACUUGCUGAUUAUGGGAUUCACGAUGGAUCUCACAUUUACCUCUUCUUUAAGUUGUUGGAUGAUGGCUCCUCCCACAACUUCGUUUUCACUAGCCCCGAGGCCGCCUUUUGA